UCAUCCCUCCGCUCCGCCUCUCCCUCGGCUUCCCGGAGGCUUCGUGGCCCUCUGCGCCGGCCCGCGAGGGAAGAAGCAUGCCCAAGGCGGCGUGAAGGCCUCGUCCCCUCAUGGUGCAGUUGCUGGGCCUGGUGUGGCGGAGGCUGCUGCGCAAGCGCUGGGUCCUGGGUGUCGUCUUCGGCCUCUCGCUCGUCUACUUCCUCAGCAGCACCUUCAAGCAGGAAGACCGAGUGCUAUGGGACCGAAAUAUCCCCCAGGCGCAAGACGAAGACCAUCCCAUUGCAUGGAAAGUCCAGUUCAGUCCAGGGAACGGCAGUCAGCAGGGGAACCAGUGUCGAAACUCAGUCCAAGGGAAGCUGCUGAUCACGGAUGAGCUAGGCUAUAUCUGUGAACGGAAGGACGUGUUGGUGAACGGCUGUUGUAACGUCGAUGCACCCCGCACGAAGCUGUACAGCUGCGAUAGCUGCCUGUCAAAUGGCUGUUGCAGUGUGUAUGAGGCCUGCGUUUCCUGCUGCCUACAGCCAAACAAGCAACAGGUUCUGGAAAAUUUUCUGAAUCGAGCGGCAGUGGCAUUCCGGAACCUUUUCCUAUCUGUCGAGGAUCAUUUUGAGCUGUGUCUGGCGAAAUGCAGGACCUCAUCCCAGAGCGUCCAGCACGAAAACACCUAUCGGAACCCAAUUGCCAAAUAUUGCUAUGGGGAGUACCCUCCUGAUCUCUUGUCUGUGUGAACCAGUUGAGCAAACUGGGACCAGCAUGAGAGAACUGGACUGGAGUCAGCAGCAAAAGGAAGAGCAACGUUGCAGCUACUUAGACUAGUGCAUUUGCUUGAACUUGCUUUGUACUUUCACCUCAUGGAAGAGCUUUCCCUGGACAGUUGACUUGUUAUCAUCUCCCUUCUGUUGUAAAACGGAACCAAGAUACCAGAUAUCUCCCAACCAUUGGGCACAAACUUUGCAUCCCAGAUCUGGUCAGUCAAGCUCCAUGUUAAAAGACAGGUGUAGAAGUUACACAUAUAUAUCUGUGGCUCAUGGCCUAUUUUGGACUGGUGGACAAAUGAAGCUUAGAAGAAAGACUGUAGACGCCCCACAGAGUGGGAGAAGAAUGCUCUGAAGACAUUAGUCUUUUGUAAAUAUUAUUUAUUGGAAUCAAGCAGACAGUAUUGGCUCUAGAUGUAUUUGAUGUAGUUCCUGAAGCUGGUAUCUGAAGAGUGUCAGCAUUGGUGUAAGUAAACAGAGAAAGCAUUUAUUUGAGACUAGCGGUCCCCUGCCACGCGUUGCUGUGGCCCACAUGGGGGUUCUGGGUGGGAGGUUUGGCCCAAUUCUAUCGUUGGUGGGGUUCAGAAUGCUCUGUGAUUGUAGGUGAACUAUAAAUCCCAGCAACUACAACUCCCAAAUGUCAAGAUUCUAUUUCCCCCAAACUCCACCAGUGUUCACAUUUGGGCAUAUUGAGUAUUCAUGUAGAGUUUGGUCCAGAUCCAUCAUUGUUUGAGUGCACACUGAUCUCUGGAUGUAGGUGAACUACAACUCCAAAACCAAAGGACACUGCCCACCAAACCCUUCCAGUAUUUUCUGUUGGUCAUGGGAAAACUGUGUCCCAAGUUUGGUUCAAUUCCAUCAUUGGCGGGGUUCAAAAUGCUCUUUGAUUGUAGGUGAACUAUAAAUCCCAGCAACGACAACUCCGAAAUGACAAAAUCAUUUUUUUUGAGUGAAGCACAUACAUUGGGUUGUUAGGUGUCUUGUGUCCAAAUUUGGUGUCAAUUCGUCCAUUGGUUUUUGAGUUAUGUUAAUCCCACAAACGAACAUUUCAUUUUUAUUUAUAUAGAUUGGUUUUCAGGCUUGUUCAUUCAACAAUAUGUGUGCCCUAGCCUUGAUUUGAUUGCCAAUGUUGCUGUGCAGGAAAGGAGGUCUUUCUACAAAUCAGGACAUCAUAAUUGGUUUUUAUGGUUUUGGCUGGGGAUGGGCAAAGUAUUUCAUCAAAAAGUCUUCCCUGUAAAUGCAUUCUGUAAAAUAUUUAUUGCGAUA